CGCAGUCACCCUCGGGCGUCCUCUGCUGCGGGCGAGCUAGGCCGCGCCACAGAGGCGGAGGCAGGGACGGUGCCCGCCCGAGAGGGAUCCCUCCGUGAGCCACCGCCAUGCCUGACAGUUGGGACAAGGACGUGUACCCUGUGCCCCCGAGCCGCACGCCGGCGCCCUCACCGCAAACCUCGCUGCCCAACCCCAUCACCUACUUGACGAAGGCCUUCGACCUACUCGUGGACCGGCCUGUGACCCUGGUGAGAGAGUUUAUAGAGCAGCAGCAUGCAAAGAACAGGUAUUACUACUACCAUCGGGAGUUCCGCCGGGUUCCAGACAUCACCGAGUGCAAGGAAAAGGAUGUCUUGUGCAUGUUUGAAGCAGAAAUGCAGUGGAAAAGAGACUACAAAGUCGAUCAAGAAAUCGUCAACAUUAUCCAGGAAAGGCUGAAGGCCUGUCAGCAGAGGGAAGGUGAGAGCUACAGGCAAAACUGUGCCAAAGAGAUGGAGCAGUUCACCCAGGUGGCCAAGGCCUAUCAGGACCGAUAUCAUGACUUAGGGGCUCAUUGUUCUGCCAGGAAGUGCCUGGCAAAACAGAAGCAGAGGAUGCUUGCAGAGAGAAAAGCUGCUAAAGAAGCUGCUGCUGCUCUUUGAUUCCCCCUCACAUGACUGUCACCACUGCUAAGUAAAAUAAAGAGUAAUGAAAUCUA